GAGAGAGAGGCGUUCAAUGUAUUAAAGCUAAAAAAUAAAAAUAAAAAGAAACAAACAAAAAGCCAAACAAAAACUAAGGAUCUUCUCUACUCUUUUUCUCUAUGCUCUCUAGAUUUAUCCUACCUUUGAUUUGCUCGAAACCUUAGCUCAAAAAUCUGCUAAGUUAUGGCAUCAAUGGUUGCAAAGGCAUGUGCUACGACGUCGGCUCAAUAUUCACCGGCUUUGACAGUCUUGGAAAAAGGGAGUAGGAAUAAGAGGAAAUUCAGGGCGGAUCCACCUCUAGCUGAUCCAAAUAAAAUAAUUUCUUCUCCUCAGUUUGAGUGCACGAGUUUUGAAUUUUCAGCGGACAAAUUUGGAAUGAUCCCUAGUCAUGAGUUUUCGAAUGGUUGUGAUAUGUGUAGCUUGAAGCAAGACGGCUCAGAAAGUUUGAAACUUGACCUCGGAUUAUCUUGCAGCGUAGGAUCAUCUGAAGUAGGUCCAAGUGAGCCUAGAGAGGAGGAAGUUGAAACAACUGAAGAGUUCCAUGAUGCCGAUUGGAGUGAUCUUACGGAAUCCGAGCUAGAAGAGCUUGUCUUGAGCAACUUGGAUACAAUUUUCAGGAGUGCAAUUAAAAGAAUAAUGGCCUUUGGUUACAAUGAAGAUAUUGCCGCAAAGGCUGUUUUAAGGUCUGGUAUUUGCUAUGGUUGUAAGGACAUUGUGUCGAACAUAGUGGAGAAUACAUUGGGUUUUCUUCGUAGCGGCCAAGAGAUUGACUUGUGCAGGGAGCAUUAUUUUGAGGAUUUGCAGCAGAUGGAAAAGUAUGUGUUGGCUGAAUUGGUCUGUGUUCUGCGAGAAGUUAGGCCUUUCUUUAGCACUGGUGAUGCAAUGUGGUGCUUGUUAAUAUGUGACAUGAAUGUAUCUCAUGCUUGUGCGAUGGAAAGUGAUCCUUUGAGUAGUUUGGUUGCUGAUGGGAAUGAAAAUUCCUCUGCUUCUGUGCAGCCUUAUUUGCAAUCCGAGGCCAAAAGUUGCGAAUCCAACAAUAGAAUUCCCUGUAAGACAAAUCCUUCAGUUGCUUGUGCACAUUGUUCGUCUGAGACUUCCAAUGCCGCUUCUGUAACUUGUGGGCAUAGCUUUCAGUUGGAGGCGUCUGCUAUGACAGGAGUUCAUGAUGUCAAACCCAAAUCUUCAUUUGCCCCGAGUGGAAUUGUUUCAGAGAAAUAUUCUUCAAGUUCUCUGUUUGACACUGUUGAUAAAACAUUUACGGCAGUUGGAACACCCAAUCCUCCAACCGUCGACGAGGAGUUUGUUGGUAGUCGAAAGUUGUCUGGGAUCACCAAAAGAGAGUACAUACUUAGGCAGAAGUCCCUACAUCUUGAGAAACAUUACCGUACUUACGGUUCUAAAGGAGUCUGUAGGAAACUCAAUGGUUUUGGUGGUUUAGUUUUAGAUAAUAAACUUAAGUCCAUGGCAGAUUCUGCCGGCAUGAAUAUAAAGAAUGCUUCAUCAAAGAUCAAUAAGACCAGUUUUGCUGUGACUCAAGAUAAUAUACACCAUAGUAUCUCAACAAAUAAUGGAUUUUCUUCAACAUCAGUAUUUGGGUCCGAUAAUGUCAAUGUUUCUGUUCCAUUACCUAAUGCAAAUAUCCCUUCUUCAUUACCGCAAGUGAAUACAUCACCUGCAUUGCCCGUUGCUGAUACUGAGCUCUCGCUCUCAUUCCCUACCAACUGCAACAUCACCCCGAUGCCUCUUCGUUAUAAUGCUGAGGGCGCUGUUUGUUCUCUUAAUAUGAUUCCAAAUGAAAAAUCUAUUGCUCAAUGGGUUCCUCAAGACAAGAAAGAUGAAAUGAUUUUGAAGUUAGUUCCAAGGGUUCGGGAGUUGCAAGGUCAGCUCCAAGAGUGGACAGAAUGGGCCAAUCAAAAGGUUAUGCAAGCUGCUCGUAGACUGAGUAAAGACAAAGCUGAGCUUAAGACACUUCGGCAAGAAAGAGAGGAAGUGGAUAGGCUUAAGAAAGAGAAGCAGAGUUUGGAAGAAAAUACCAUGAAAAAGCUGGCCGAGAUGGAGAAUGCCUUGUGUAAGGCUAGCGGACAAGUCGAACGAGCUAAUGCUGCUGUUCGUAGGCUUGAAGUUGAGAAUGCCGUACUAAGAAGGGAAAUGGAAGCUGCCAAAUUUCGUGCAGCAGAGUCAGCUGCGAGCUGUCAGGAAGUAUCAAAGAGGGAAAAGAAGACGCUUAUGAAGUUCCAGUCAUGGGAGAAGCAGAAAGCUAUAUUUCAGGAUGAACUUAUAGCUGAAAGACGAAAGCUGGUGGAACUGCAACAACGGCUGGAGCAAGCUACAGAUGUUCAAAACCAGCUCGAGAUGAGCUAUGCUCUUACCGACAAGCCAAUGUCUUGCAGGGUAGAUGGAAGCAGGAAGAAAAGGCCAACGAAGACUUACUUAGGCAGGCUAGUUCAGUAAGGAAAGAGAGAGAAGAAAUUGAAACUUCAGCCAAAUCCAAGGAGGAUAUGACCAAAUUAAAAGCUGAAAGUAGUUUACAGAAGUUUAAAGAUGAUAUUGAAAAGCUAGAAAAGGAAAUAUCGCAGCUCAGACUGAAGACCGAUUCUUCAAAGAUAGCCGCUCUUAAAAGAGGCAUAGAUGGAAGCUAUGCUAGCAAACUGGCAAACUUUAGAAAUGCUUCAUUACAAAAGGACACUCAAAUGCCUAAUAUCUCCUCAAUGGUGACAGAUUUUGAGGAAUACUCUCGGGAUGGAGGGGUGAAACGAGAGCGUGAGUGUGUGAUGUGCUUGUCGGAGGAGAUGUCUGUGGUUUUUCUACCAUGUGCUCAUCAGGUGGUAUGCACGACAUGCAACGAGCUCCAUGAGAAGCAGGGAAUGAAAGAAUGUCCUUCUUGUAGGAGCCUGAUCCAGCAGCGGAUUUCUGUGCGUUAUGCGCAUACUUAAAACGUCACUUCAGGGAAUGAGUUAAAGCUAUCAAAAUAAUGAUUCAUGAAACUUCAUAAUGAAUAAUGCAUUUGUGUGGCCCCUUUCGGAUGUCUGGACAAUUAUGCUUGCAAUAUGUGACUGUUUUCAAGAAUGAAAAAGUAACAUAAAAAAGAAAAGCAAAAAACAAAAAGAGAAAAGAGUGUUAAGUGUGGCCUUUGUAAAUCAUCUGUUCCCUUUCAAAUAAAACUUGAGUUUUCCUCCUUGUUUUCUUUAAUAUGUGUUUCUUUAUCGACCAUAUGUUUUAAGUGAA